GGGCUUACUGAUCUCCUCUCUCUCUCUCUCUCUUAAGCUUUGUUCUGUGAGUAAACUGAGCUGUGCUUGAAGUUCUUUUCUCACAGCAUAACCAGUAAGAUGAGCAAUCAAAGCCAAGGUGAAGACUCAGCAGAUACAAUGGCAAAGGCCAUGAAAGCCUCUGAUGAUCUUUACAACAUUCGGGACUCUUAUUUUCCAUCAAACCCAGAUGAUAAAAUCUCCAGAUUGCAAUCCGAUUCGGAUCUCGCUCUCAAGCUCCUCGAUUCCAUUCCUUCUGAGCAAAGGAAAUUACCUAUGCAACGUGCAACAUAUGAAUAUUUGAGGGGAAAGAUAUUAGAUGUAUUUCCUGAUUACAGAAAAGAAGCAGAAGACCAUCUCUCGAAAGCUGUGAAGUUGAAUCCAUCUCUGGCAGAUGCUUGGCUAUGCUUAGGUAACUGCAUUUGGAAAAAGGGAGAUCUACCUUCAGCAAAAAACUGCUUUACACUUGCACUAAGCAAGGGUCCAAACAAAAAGAUACUUUGUCAAUUAUCUAUGCUAGAAAGAAGAAUGGCUCAAGGCAAGGAUCUCAGUGCUGAUAAUCAGGCAGAGAUAGUCGAGGAAAGCAUCAAACAUGCAAAGGAAGCUAUAAUGCUGGAUGUGAAAGAUGGGAAUUCUUGGUACAACCUAGGAAAUGCAUGGCUCACAUUUUUCUUUGUGACUGGAGCAUGGGAUCACAGCAAACUUCUGCAAUCUUUAAAAGCAUAUCAAAAUGCUGAAAAAGAUGAGAGUAUGAAUUCCAACCCUGAUCUCUCUUUCAACUGUGCAACAGUAAACAAAUAUCUAGAGAACUAUGAGAGGGCUCUUACUAAUUUUGAAAGUGCUGCCUCAAGGGAUCCUGGUCUGAAUGCUGCUGAGGAGGCUCACAAGAUAGUCAACCUUCUUGACAAGUUGGAGAGUUUGUUGAGGGGACAAACUAAGACGAAACGACUUGUUUCUUUGGCGUCAUCUCUAGCUGCAGUUAAUUUGAAUCCUUCAUACAGAAGAGCCACUAUAGAUAGUCUGUCAGAGGGUCUGAACAAACAAGUUGCAAUUAUUGGAAAAGUGCUAUUCUUUGUGAAGCAUGAGAAUGUGGCUCCCUUAUACUAUUUGGUGUGUGAUUCAAAUCACUUUUGCUAUGUCCUCUCGGUGUAUGGAAUACGUGAUGAUGCAAUUAAAGAAGGAGAUCAGCUCACACUGGUGGAGCCUAAUUACCGUAAUGUUGAUUUUUCUUGGAAAGGAAAGUUUUACCAGUUCAGAUCAGUCCGUGUGGAUUUCUUGGAACAAGUGCUUGUGAAUGGGAAAGCUCUAUCUUUUCAGCAAGCAGUUCGGUCAUCGAUCCAUGCUCAACAUAAACCUUGAAAAAGUAGUCAUUGUUUCAGUGUAGUUGUUUGAUUUGUGUGAAUGAGAUAAUGUAAAUGGAAUAGGGAUAGGAAGAGAAAAAAAAACCCGUCAACUGCAAAUCCUUGCCUCCAAGUCCAAUUACCAGGGGAGAGGGGAAACACAAUAGGGGCACAUGUUUUUUUUUAUCUGGAAUGCUUAAAUCUGGGGAGGGAAAAUCUAUUUUUGGUUAUAGUUCUAGAAACACAGAAACCGAUCACAGAAUUGAAUACAACCCUUUCACAUGGGUGUGAUGUGUUCUCAGACGUUUCCUUUUGAUUAAUAGCAUGAUUAAUAGCAGAAGAUAGAGGGGAGUUGUAAUGUAAGAACAGAUUUGCUAUGAGUGCACUGAAUAAUAUUUUAGACUGGGACAUGAAAAUGAGGAGAACCUAGACGAACAGGUCUGCUACCUACUGUAUUGGACCUUCGACCAAGCAAUUUUACCUUUGUCGAAUUGGAACCCACCACCACUGCAUUGCUCUCAAUCCUCCAUGCACAAAUAUAGAUUCAUUCUUCGUAUUUGGUUCAGCCUCACAACCCUUUGCGGGUUGGUAAGUUAGAGUUGGUAUGUUUGGAUUGUAAAUUUACAAAACAAAAUGGUAUUUUUAGUGUGUUAAUGCUUGUACAUUGAGAUGGACUUGUUAUGUUUGGAGUGUAAUCUCAUACACAUUUCAUUGCUACCUCAAAUUGAUUGGAGUCAUUAUUCAAUCAA